AUGAACGUUCGGCCCGACAUCAACAUCAACAUCAAGCUCAACAUGGCAACCGCAACCAGCUCCAUCGUCGUCGCAUCUAAAAACCCCACCAAGGUCCGGGCAACGCAGCUUGGCUUUGAAUCUGCCCUCCCGGGCUCCUACACCAUCCGCGGGGUCAGCUUUCCCUCCGGCGUGCCCGACCAGCCGCUGACAGACGAGGAGACGCUCCGCGGUGCUCUCAACAGGGCGCGCGGCGCGCAGAGCAGCGAGAGGGAGGCGGACUACUGGGUCGGGAUCGAGGGAGGCGUCGACAUGUCGGACAAGCGAGAGGGGCCGAUUAUGAACUUUGCCUGGGUCGUGGUGCUCGACGGCCAAGGCCGCGUGGGAAAGGCGCGCACGGCGGCGUAUUACCUCCCCGAGGAGACGGCCGCUUGUCUCCGGCAAGGGAUGGAGCUUGGGGACGCGGACAACCUCGUCUUCGGGCAGACGGACACGAGAAGCAACAAGGGGUCGGUCGGGUUGUUGACGGACGGUGUUAUCGACCGGACUGCGUAUUAUCACCAUGCCGUCAUCCUGGCCCUGAUUCCGUUCAAGAAUAAAAACUUGACGUUCGUGUAA